GGGUGGGCUGUGAGGGGAGGAUGGAUUGUGCUCCAUGGAUCCAGGAUCGCCAGGAUCCUGUCGGGGACCCUGGCUUUCCGCUUUCCUGCUUCUUCCUCCUUGAUCUAGGGGAGGGGGUGGCUCAACAUUUCUCUGGCUUUGUUCUCCAGAACUGCUCUUUGUAGCCACACUGAAUUAGGCACUUUCUCUCUCAUCUUUCUCUUUUGGCCACUUAAUGGGCAUGAAGGAAAUGUGAAGAGGGGAGGUGUCCUUUGAGGGCAUUAAGACUAACUUUUGGUGCUCUGAGUUCCAUCUCUGAUUUCAGCGACAGUUCUGGUGGACGUUUGUAUGGAAGCCCAGACUCUCACUAAGACUGAACCCAUCACAUGAAUGUAAAUCUGCUUUCCUGCCUAGGUGUCUGAAGCUGUGGCAGCCUACUCAGCCCCCUGACAAGUGUAUCAUGCCUCUGGGACAGCCCCCAAACCAUGGGGGAUACAAGCUGGGCACCAAUGCCGCGGUCUUCUGUCUUUCUGGAAGGCAUUCUGUGUAAUUCUGAGAGCUUCCUGAUCCCUACUGAAGAGACUCAAGAGCAUACUCUUCCUCGCUUUCUUUUCCCCUCUUCUCCCCUGCUCCCUCACUCCUGCUCCCUGAGCAGACCUUCCAGUUGCAGGAUUACCUGUUCCCACGCCCUUAAUUCAGGCUGUGCUUUGGAAAUAACCCAAACUGAGACAAUACUGUCCUCGCUCCCAAAGAGCCCCCAGUUCCAGCUGCUGACUGGGAAGGGGUCUUUCCCCUUACCUCAACUUUAUCAAUGUACCUGGUCUCCCUCAAAUUUCUCCGUUUCCAGGCUUUGCCUGACCUUUUCACCUAGAGGAGACUUCUUGUCAGUAUGUCUCUACUAACGUACCAUUUCCUUUCUUCUUAUCUUGUAUCUUGAUGUGGCCUGGUGUUAGGGUCUCUUCGAGGUUGUGUGUUAUGAUUCCUCAAGGAGGUUAUAAGCUCCUUGUACCUCCGUGCACCCCCAUAACUCAGCACCAAGACUGGAAGCUGUCACUAACAGCCCAGUGAGAGCCCCUGGGGAGGGGGGUGGGGGAUGACUGGGGCAGGGCCUAAGGUAAGAGAUGAGAGGUGUAGGUAGGAAGCUGAGGAAGCUGAGUUUGGGUCACCUUCUCUGCUGAGUACAGGUCAGGGAAGCCUGAGAGCAUAACAGGCGGCGGCAGGGUUGGGGUAACUGGGGCCAGAAGUAGAUGAGGGAUGAGUGCAGAUGCAUGAUCCAGAGUCAGGAUUCGGCCGUGUCCCCAUUCACCUACACGAUCAGAGAACAUUACCUGUACCCUUCAGCUUCUCCUGUUUCCCAGGGAGGCGGCCUCUCACACGCCUGGACGUGUUAGUGAUGGGAAGGAGUAGAAUGCCCGAGGGGGCCCAAGAAAGGCCUGAGAAGAGAGAGCUCCACCUCAUCGCUCCUCAUUCUCAUCUCACACUGCAAACCUGACAGGAGUAGGCACCUCACCCGCUGCUGCUGCUGUGCCUUUCGGCUUCUCCAUGCCCCUUGUAGGCCUCCAAGCCUACUAGCUCCCAGCUGGGUGCAGAAGAAUGUUGGCCUGCUAUCGGCCCCCGGGGAACGAAACGCUGCUGAGCUGGAAGGCCUCGCGGGUCACCGGCACCGCCUUCCUGCUGCUGGCGGCGCUGGUGGGGCUGCCAGGCAAUGGCUUCGUCGUGUGGAGCUUGGCAGGCUGGCGGCCCGCACGGGGGCGACCACUGGCGGCCACGCUCGCGCUGCACCUGGCGCUGGCCGACGGCGCGGUGCUGCUGCUCACGCCCCUCUUCGUGGCCUUCCUGGCGGGGCAGGCGUGGCCGCUGGGCCAGACUUAGCGGACAGCACCCAGAUCUGGGGCUGGGACCCUGGAACUGGGGCAGAUCUGGGAAUAGGCUACGCCACUCUGCCCUGACCUUGGGAUUGGCACCAGUUUCCAAACACUACCCAGCAAAGCCUGUCAGUCCUUGCAGUGGCCACGGACACCACAUCGUGAGCAGCACCUCCUCACUAGGUGUCAUGUUCAUCAUUCCGUUGACUAUCAUCCUACUGUCAGUGGCACUGGCUGUGGGGCUUCCAGGCAACAGCUUUGUGGUGUGGAGCAUCCUGGUAAAGAUGCGGAAGCGCUCUGUCACUGCCUUGUUGGUGCUGAACUUGGCUGUGGCCGACUUGGCUGUACUGCUCACUGCCCCCUUCUUCCUGCACUCUGUGGGCCAAGGCACCUGGGUUUUUGGACUGGCUGGCUGCCGUCUGUUUCACUAUGUCUGUGGCGUCAGCAUGUACGCCAGCGUCCUGCUGAUUGCCGCCAUGAGUCUGGACCGCUCGUUGGCGGUGGCCCUCCCUUUUGUGUCCCAGAAGUUUCGCACCAAGUCCGUUGUCUGGUGGGUGCUGGCAAGCAUCUGGGUGAUGUCCUUUCUGCUGGCCAUCCCCGUCAUCAUGUACCGCACCGUGCUGGCACCAAACAACCAGAGCCUGGUGUGCUUCACCAAGUACUCCAGCGAACGCCUCAGGGCUUUCCACCUGCUCUUCGAGGCCCUCACCGGCUUCCUGCUGCCCUUCCUGGUGGUGGUGGCCAGCUACUGGGACAUCAGGCGCAGGCUGCAGGCCCGGCGCUUCCGCCGCAGCCGCCGCACCGGCCGCCUGGUGGCGCUCAUCAUCCUGGCCUUCGCCGCCUUCUGGCUGCCCUACCACGUGGUGAACCUGGCCGAGGCGGGCCGGGCGCUGGCCGGCCGGGGCUCGGGGCCAGUGGGCGUGUGGCUGCGCCUGGCCCGCUCCGUGUUCAUCGCGCUGGCCUUCCUGAGCAGCAGCGUGAACCCCGUGCUGUACGCGUGCGCGGGCGGCGGCCUGCUGCGCUCCGCGGGCGUGGGCUUCGUCGCCAAGCUGUUGGAGGGCACCGGCUCCGAGGCGUCCAGCUCCCGCCGCGGGGGCACCCUGGCCCAGACGGUGAGGGGCCCCGCCGCCCCUCCCGAGCCGGGCACCUCCGAGACCCUCGCAGACUCCAUCAACCCUCUCCCAUGAAGCGAACUGAACUAGGCCUGGGAGGUGCUGCUGGUGCUGCUGGUGGGGGAAGGACAAUGGCUCUUCUCGCGGCAGAGCGCCCCCCACGUUGGCCUGACCUAGUUCUGUACCCUGAGGAGGAGG